CUUUGACCCGUGAGGGAGCGUUGUCUCCCUGGGAGGGAGGAAGUGGCCAGCCCGGGUCUAGGGAUGGACAAGGAAAGCUACCCAGGAUGGAGCUCCCGUCCCAACAUCACAAACUGCACCGUCCCACCUGCCAGCAGCCAGCAGGCAAUCCAAUUCACAGACAGGAUCGCGGUGGUGGCUGUUGUUCUCAGCCUCCUUACCUUCCUCACUGCGCUCAUUAACGCUGGUGUCAUCGUCGCCAUCUGCACAACCAAGAAGCUCCACCUGCCCGCCAACUACCUCAUCUGCUCUCUAGCCGUCACUGACUUCCUGGUGGCGCUCCUUGUGAUGCCCAUAAGCAUCCUCUACAUCACAAUGGAGACAUGGUCCCUGGGUCAGGUGGUGUGUGAGUUGUGGUUGAGCGUGGACAUGACCUGCUGCACCUGCUCCAUCCUGCACCUUUGCGUCAUUGCCCUGGACCGGUACUGGGCCAUCACUAAAGCUAUUGAGUAUGCUCGCAAGAGGUCAGCCCGCCGCGCAGCCAUCAUGGUGGGAAUAGUCUGGGUCAUCUCAGUUUUAAUAUCCAUGCCACCCUUAUUCUGGAGGCAGAGGCCAAGCAGCGGCAGCCUCAAACAGUGCAUCAUAGAGCAUGAUCACCUGGGAUACACUAUAUACUCUACUUUGGGGGCAUUUUACAUUCCCAUGUUCAUCAUUCUUAUCUUAUACUACAGGAUUUACAAUGCCGCAAAAUCUCUUUACCAGAAGCGUGGCUCUUCUCGCCACCUCAGCAGCCGCAGCAUGGGCAGUCAGAACUCUGUAGAACAUUGCCGUGUUUCCCACACAUUUUGUCUGUCAGACUUGUCCAACUCAGAUCCCAUGCUGGCUACUGACAAACUCAACACUACCAUCCGCAUCUCAUCCUUUGAGACGGACAUGGACGGGCAGGAUGAGAAGAACCAAAUAUGUACCUCUCGUGAGAGGAAAGCAGCUCGAAUCCUCGGCCUCAUCCUCGGGGCCUUCAUCAUCUGCUGGCUGCCUUUCUUUUCAAAGGAGGUCCUAGUGGGUCUGCAAAUAGUACAGCCUUCUCCGCUUAUAUCAGACUUCCUGACAUGGCUGGGUUAUAUCAACUCUCUCAUUAACCCCCUGCUGUACACCAGCUUCAAUGACGAUUUCAAAAUGGCUUUUAAAAAGCUACUCAAGAGAAAAGAGCAUGCAUAGGUUUGAAGUUCGAACGGACUGCAUACACCUUUAACCUAAGGUGCAAUCUGUUUACUGGCAAAAUGGA